AUGGAAACCGUUGGUGAGAAAUCGAUAUUGGAUGGCAUGCGUCAGUUCUUGGUGGUCCAAGGCCCUGUGGCUCUAAAAAGAGGCUGGAGAAGGAAGAAGUGCCAUCUCUUCUUGUUCAAUGAUAUUUUGGUUGUAUCUAAUAAUGUACAUAAGAAGAAUUUUAAGAUAAAAAAUAUCAUCCCACUGACUUACCUCUGGAUUAGUGACUAUGCAAACGAUGUGGGAGGAGACAAGAGUACUACCUGCAAGUCCAUCUUUCUUUUUUGGCCCAGGGAAAAUUUUGUCGUCACCUUCUGGUGA